CUUGACAACUUCGCGAAGGGAUACGAAGAUUACAACAAGUGGAUAUGACAAGUUACUCAGUCCGAAUGACUCAGUAAGAAUGUUCAGCAUGGAUAGACUAUAACUUAAAAAUAGUGAGCAUGUACGGAUUGUUAGGUCGUUGCUAGCCUCCAGGGACACUUUGCGGCCGUUAUGCUUCAGCUCACAGCAGACUGACUCAUCUUUGCCCACUGUCACUUGUUGUGCACUCUUAUACGUUAUAGACAGUUUUUCCCUGUUAGAGUUAUACUAUAAAAUUUGACGACUAUAAAUUAUUGUAAGUACGAUGCUAAAACUCGCAGGUGACAACGUCAUGGCCCACCGAGUCUGAGUAACAGCGCAUUUUGGGAGCGAGCCCCGCUAAUCUCAAGUUGGAGACAGUCUCAGCGAUGAGCGCGUCCUCAAAGCCGCCUUUAGGAAGGAGGAUGAAGGCCCAUGCCCCACCUCCACCACCGGCCCCUCAACCCGCUCCACGCCAUAUCUUCAGAACCACUACACCUGAUGGGGGAGGGACAUCAGGCAUGGAGGCCAAGGAGAACAUCCUGAGGGCCGCAGUGGAUUUACAGUUAACCCUGCCACAGGGCAACCAGAUUUAUGUGACUGAGGAUGGAAGUAAAGCACUGAUGGAUCUGCUGGUCGAGCUGUGUAGUCGCUACCACCUGAAUCCAGCUCUGCACACUUUGGAGGUUCUGUCUCCUGAGGGCCGGUCUUUGGGCUUCAAGCCCAACGCACUGUUGGGCUCCCUUAACGUGGCCUGUGUGCUUAUCAAGGAAAAAGUCUUGGAGGAGAAAGUGGCGCGCAGACCAGCACCCAAAGUGCCAGAGGUGAGUUGCAGUGGAUCCUGUUUUGCAGCUUUCCAGCCUAAAAUGGCUUCUGCCCCUGCACUUAACUACACAGACUUUGUUCGCUCCAGUACUGGCAGUUUGGACCGACCAGAAAAAAAAGGCCUCCUGGGUAUCUUCCAGUUCAGCAGGAGGAAAUCCAAGACAGAGACAACAUCUGUGGACAUGGAUGACUUUGAUGAUAAAAUAAUCCAAAACACUGACACACAAUCCUGUGACGUGUCCACAGUAUCUGGGUUCUCCAGUGGACCUAAUUGGUCCGGCACCUUGGGCCAGUCUCAGUCUGUCGCCAGUAUCCCGAGGUUGUCUCCCAAGGCUGAGACCAAGAAGAGGAGGGCCCCACCACCGCCUCCUGCCCCUGCACCCAGAAUGGAGCACACUACAGUUGAAAGCUGUCAGAUGAGCCAGCAGAGGAAAAGAAAGGCUCCAGCUCCUCCUCCCACUCCAACAUCCAUCACGCAAGGCUCUGAUGACACUUCAGCCUCUCCGGCUCCCACUCCUGACAGUCAAGCUCCUGAUAAACCUAUGCCGGCAUCCCGCAUCAAGGUGGCACAUUCGACCACAGCCUCAGCUGCCACUGUGAUAAAACUAACAGAAAAAACAGCCUCGCACAAAAUAGCAGUAGAUCCUGUGUCCAAUGCCAUGCCAACCUCCAGCUCCCCAACCCCGAGCAGCAGCACUACUGACAGCCUUGCCGUGCAGGAUUCCAGCUCUGAACUAAGCCAGGGUCUUGAUGAUUCAGAUGCUGACCUAGAGCAGGCUGAAUCCCAUUACAGUAUCAGUAGCACAACAAGUGGGCCCGUGCGGGUCCAACCUGCUGCGAAAAACUCCAGUGGCCGAGUGGAAGAUUCAGUCAGCAGCGCGGCCGGCAAAAUAGCUCAAGACAGGACGUCAGAGAAUAACUCCAUGUCGGAGACUGAGUCCGCCCUGAACCUGAAGCUGGAUGAAGCUGAGAACAAUAGGCACAGCGGAAUGGCUUGGCUCCAUUCUGUUCAGAACUCUGCAGUCAGUGACCAGAAACCAGAAACGGAAGCACCUCUGGCCGAGACUCUGUCUUUGGGCAGCAGCAGUGCCGGCAGCAGCCUGCAUGACCAGGGUUACGCUGCCUCUGAAGGUAUGGCAGAGGGCGAGGACUCGGGCAUGAUCAGUUCUCCCUCCGACACCCAACCCACUUCCCCCGAUGGGAGUGUGUCUCUGGAUGGACGUAGUGGGUGGAAACCGGCGGGGCCAGUGCGAGAUAGUUCCAGUGAGAGCGAUGAGGGAUGUGCCACGUGGGGAUCAGUACACAGGCACAAAGACAUCAGCCCUCAGUCGCAGUCAGUGAUUUUGAAAAACAGCUUUGAAGAUCCAAAGCUCGCAGCCGAGCUCCAUCAGACUUUGGCUGAUUUUGAAGCAGACCUUGCAGACCAUGAAGAUGUAGUCUCAGCAAAAGAGGUUCCUUAUACCAUGUCUAGUGACAGUAAUGAGGUUCCAGUGUCUGUAGUGGACUUGGAUGUGCCAGUUACUGCGAUAGAUGAAGUACUGGAGGACUAUGAUCAUAAUAUUAUUGAACAUGAGGUGAAGUCAUUUACCAGGAAGGAGUCAGCUGGCACCAAAGAACAUGGCUUUUGUCACAAGUCCAGAAUGGAGCCCGAGAACAAAAACAACAAUGCUUAUACAGAAGCAGUCAAUAAUAAAAGAAACCAUACAAAUACUAAGGGCUUGUCUCAAUCUGAGCAGCACACUAAACCAGCGGAGAGCAAGUCUGUGAGUGACAGAAAAGAAAAAAAGAUAAAGGAGAAAAAAAUUAAAGAGAUGAAUCUCGUCGAUAGCAACAGCGUGAAAGGAGAUAAGCAAAUAUCGGCUGUUAAAUCUAAUGAUGACGUGCACGAAAACAUGAAGAGCGCUGAGAUACUGCCUGACCCUGUGAGAUAUAAUGCUGAGUCUUGUGAGAAGAAGAAACUUGAUUUUCCACCAGCAAGUCAGAAACCAGUAUCUACGGAAAAAGAUGAACAGACGCAUAGGGUUUUCCCUACUUCACAUAAUAAAAUUACUCGCAACGCCACAUCACGAUUUGGUAUGAAAACCUUCACUGUGAUCCCUCCCAAGCCGUCUGUUAUAAACACUGCUAAAGAACAGUCAGGUGUUCGAUUUACCAUUGGUGCCAUUAAGAUCGACGAUCAGGGAAACAUGGUGAAAGAGGGUAUCUCCAGGAAUAAUGUCAGUAGGUCUUCAGAGUCACAGAUCAAUUCUGAUGAGGGUUCUCCUCUUCUUGGGAAGGCCAAAGCUUUUUGGAGCUCAAAUGAAAGACAAGAUACUCCAGUGAACCCCAGCAAAGAUAAAGCUGAGGAGAGCAAAAAUAAACUGAAAAGUGCUUCUACAUCAGUCACAGAAACUACCCUGAAGACCAGUAACACAGAGUACCUGAAAUCAACACAGAGUACAGUUUCUAAACCUCCAGAGAGAAUCCAACCUAAAGAGGUGGUGAAAGAAGAAACUAAAGAACCUAUAAGGAAUGUCAAAGUUUCAGACAAAGGCUGUGUUGAAGUGGGGAGCAAAAGUUCAGUACCCAAAAAUGUUCAGCCCCCAGCUGACAAACCUACCAUUCCUCCUUCAAUACUUCCAGACUUGUCCUUCCUCAGACCGCCCAGGCGAACCUCAAGCCAAUAUGUAGCGUCUGCCAUCGCUAAACACCCCCCAAAGACCUUAGUGAAACCCAGCUAUGUCCCUAACAGCCCUGAAUGCUCUGCUUCCCUGAAGACACCGACUACUGACCUCCAGAAAUCAGGUCGAUCGAUGCAAGUUAAUCCACUACAAUCUUCCCUGUCGUCUUUGUUAGAGAAUAAGGAGAAUAGCUCUAAUUCUGCAGUCAGGUAUCCUGGUCCUCAAAGAUCUACAAGCUACCCAGAGUAUAUGUCAGAUCAACAGAAAGAUUUUAGAGAAGCAAACAGGGGUGGAUUUGAAAAUGGUGUUGUAGCCACCAAAAGAAGUUCUGAUAUGUUGGAAACCAAACCAGCCAAGAAUAAUCACGCUGAGUUGAGUGGAUCCACCAACAUAAAAGUAACUGCCAAUAACCAAGAUAAUGUCAAACAUAGUCAGCUUGGAGGUCCGAGCCCAGCAAAAAGCAAUGCCCUAAACUCAUAUAUCAAACCACCAACAGCCCCAAAGACCAUAUCUCAAGGACAGACAAACAACUCAGAGGAGACAGCUUCAAAAUCUCAACUGCCUGAAACAGUGUCAGACAGCAGUGUGACCCCAGGAUCUCCAGCUGUGACGGUGUUUGGGCCAAUUAAAAAGUUCAGACCAGUGAUCCAUAAAUCUGUUGAGAAAGAGACGUCUCUGCACAGCAGUCUGAUGGAGGCAAUCCAGACAGGUGGAGGCAAAGACAGGUUGAAGAAAAUAACAACUUCUGGCCCCAGCUCCUUAAAGAAAGAGCCUUAUGUUGAAGAGGAGAAUGAGAGGUCUGCUCUUUUGGCUGCCAUUAGAGCCCAGAAUAACACCAGCAGGCUGAAGAAGGUCAAAUCUGCAGCUGCCCAUGAGCUUGAGAAAAUCAGAAAGUUGGCAUCUGAAGAAGAGAGAAGCAGUCCAAGCUCUCCAUCUUCCCCCGAGAAUUUGACCUGCACCUCUCCUCUCUUUACACACCCACCACCUCCACCACCACCGACGAUUGCACCGCCACCUCCUGCCCCUGUCUUGCCCCAGGGUAAAACUAGCUCUGUGCCACAUUCGAAUGCGAACGCCCCCAGGAACCCUGCUCUAGCCAGGGAGGCUAUGCUGGAGGCGAUUCGCUCUGGAUCUGCGGCUGAGAGGCUCAAAAAGGUCACAGUUCCCAAGAAGACGGUUCAAGUGAACGGCAAACUGGGAACGAUCCAAGCGAGCUCCUCAACAAUCCCUGAGCAGUAAGAGGGGGAGCCGGCAUCACCACAACAAGAAAUAAUAGAUUAAGUGUAGUCUUAGUUUCUGUGUUUUGCCAUACUGCUUUUACAGCAGGUGUUUGGGGAAAAACAGUUUGAGUUGCAUUUUCAAUGAAUGCUGUCUGAUAUAUUUUUUUGCACUGCAGAAAUUGUGAAAAAUCAAGUAAAAAUAAAUAAUUCAGAAUAAGAUUCACACCUCUUACUACUAACAUUGGGCCUCAUUCGUACAUUGGUGUAGUUCUAAAAGGAACAGCAAAGCGGGGAUGUAAUUACUUAUGAAUGAGGAAGGAUUUAAACAUUUCUUCUAGCAAGAAGAACCUCACUGUGUUAGUAGCCAAACACCUGCAACAUCUGUCUAACAAAGGGUGCGAUAGGUGAAAGGUUUGCAGUUUAUGUUCCGCUUUGACAAACAGUAGCUUGCUGGAAAAUGUUCCUUUCCACCUUUGUAACAUAUUGCUGUUCGUAAAUACAUCCGCUGCCAUCCACCCUUGAAUUCACAAGGCGCAACUAGAGCAUUGACAUAAAUCUGUGCCAAUGACAGCAAAAUGUAAUAGUAUAUGAGACUUUCAUAUCAUUUUGUGUUGUGAUCAUUUCCAUUUGCCUUUACCACUGUAGGUUUCAAAUGCCUUAUAUGCCUAAUGCUAAGUCAGUGUUAUGCACAUAUUGUUUGUUUAAAAAAAUCGAUGUGAGGUGCAAUAAGUUUGAUCAGAUUCUGGACUACUUUCUAUUUUAUUGUAACAAUUAACAUUAUUUAAAACAUUUUUUUUUGUAUAUUUAAGAAAACAGUAGGUCCGUGAGCAGUGCUUUAAGUGUAUUAUUUUAUGGAGAUCUCGUCCAUAAUGCCAACUUCCACAGUUCAGGACUCUAAGGAGUCAUAUUAUAACAACUGGCUGGUGCCUGUUAGUGCACUGUGCUCCUGUUUAAGCUUCUAACCUUCAUUUGUGCUGCUGUUAAAAAUCUGUAGAUGCUAUGUUGUGAUAUUUCUGCCUCACGGUGGAAAACAUGAUAAGCAUAGCCUUAACAUUUGCUAUAAAUACAUACUGUACAUACUGUAGCUGAAAUAGUUUUUUCUUCUUUUUUUUUGACAUUUCAACAUUUUGAAGCAUUUUGAUUUGAAGAACGGUUUCACAAAAAGCAAAGAGAUUAGUGUAUUAAAUCGAUAAGAUAUUCUAAAACCAGCUUUAGUAAAGCUUAUGUCAUAAUUUAAGCGUUAUUGCAUUUCAUUCUGCUCUGUAGGGGAGGUUUAAUGGGUCAUAGCUAUGAGUGAGAGCCAUUAAAUAGUUUGUAUUAGAUACGAUUAAAGUCCAUGCUGGAUCAUCGUUAGAAUGAAGAAAAGCUUACGCUCCAUAUUCAGGUAAAAUGUUUGCUGCUGUGUAUUUCGAGACAUCUUUGAGUAAAGGGGGUUAACUAGUUUUAUAGACACUAACUUUAAUUUGUGUUUACUUCAUGCAUGAUGCAAAAUUCUAUAACUUCAGAGGUAAACUUUAACUUAAUUUUGGGAGGGAGCUACAAAAUAAAAGCCUACAGAAGUGUAUAUCUUGUAAAUCAUUGCGGUAGAUUUGCUUUAUUCCACUGACUGAGUGAACGUUUUUAUAAGCUAUUGCUUUUUAUGUUUAAAGUGCACAUUGUUUUAUGGAGAAGGUUAAUUUUGUUUACCUUUUUUUUUUUGAUUCAAUAAAUACAUUUUGUAA